AUGGAAUCAAUUUCUAUGAUGGGAAGUCCUAAAGCCUUAAAUGAAACUUUCUUACCAAAUGGUAGAAAUUACAUCAAGGACACCAGUAAGCUUACAGUUGGCAUAAUUGGAAGUGGGGACUUCGCUAAAUCCUUGACAAGUAGGCUUGUCAGGUGUGGGUUUCAUGUGGUAAUAGGAAGCAGAAACCCUAAAUUUGUGGCGGAAUUCUUUCCCCAUGUUGUUGAUGUCACUCAUCAUGAAGAUGCUAUAGCAAAAGCAAACAUAAUUUUUAUUGCUAUACGCAGAGAACACUAUGCAGCUUUGUGGGAACUCAAGCAUCUACUUGUUGGUAAAAUCCUUGUAGAUGUCAGCAACAACAUGAAAAUUAAUCAGUAUCCAGAAGCCAAUGCGGAGUACCUGGCAUCCCUUUUCCCAGAUUCCUUUGUUGUUAAAGGGUUCAAUGUUAUUUCAGCAUGGGCACUACAAGUAGGACCAAAAGAUGCAAGCAGACAGGUUUACAUAUGCAGUAACAGCAUUCAAGCUCGAAAUCAAGUUAUUGAACUUGCUCGUCAGCUCAGUUUUAUUCCUGUUGAUUUGGGCACUUUAUCAUCUGCAAGGGAGAUUGAAAAUUUACCUCUUCAAUUGUUCACCCUGUGGAAAGGACCAGUUAUAGUGGCUGUUGGCCUAGCCACCUUCUUUUUUAUCUAUUCCUUUAUUAGAGAUGUAAUACACCCUUACGUGAGAAAUCACCAGAGUGAUUUUUAUAAGAUUCCUAUUGAGAUUGUGAACAAGACAUUGCCAGUUGUUGCAAUUACUUUAUUAUCUCUAGUGUAUUUAUCAGGGCUCCUGGCAGCUGUUUAUCAACUUUAUUAUGGCACUAAAUACAAAUUGUUUCCAUCCUGGUUAGAAAACUGGCUGCAAUGUAGAAAACAGCUUGGAUUACUUAGUUUUUUCUUUGCAACAGUUCAUGUUGUUUACAGCCUCUGCCUGCCUAUGAGGAGGUCAGAACGAUACCUGUUUUUAAAUACAGCUUAUCAACAGGUCCAUGAAAAUAUUGAAAAUUCCUGGAAUGAGGAAGAAGUAUGGCGAAUUGAAAUGUAUGUCUCUUUUGGAAUAAUGAGCCUUGGGCUGCUAUCUCUGUUGGCUGUGACUUCCAUUCCAUCAGUAAAUAGAUCAUUAAAUUGGAGGGAAUUCAGUUUUAUUCAGUCUACACUUGGAUACGUCGCACUUCUCAUAAGUACUUUCCAUGUAUUAAUUUAUGGAUGGAAAAGAGCCUUUGAAGAAGAAUGCUACAGAUUUUACACACCACCAAAUUUUGUUCUUGCGCUUGUUUUGCCUUGCGUGGUAAUUCUGGGUAAGGUAAUUUUGCUUCUACCAUGUAUAAACAGGAAACUGAGAAAGAUCAAAAGAGGAUGGGAAAAAAGACAAUUUAUAAAAGAUGGAAAUGGAUCCGAUUCAUAUCCCUCACCAGAAAGAAUUACAGUCAUGUGAUCAUACAAUGAAAAUAUUACCACAAUAUUUGUCCCUUUAAAUGUCUGUACCUAAUACUGUAUAGGUUUUAUUUUAGACUGAAAUAUCUCAGGCAUUGUGAUAUUAUCAGAAUAUAAGCAAUACAGGCGAAGGCAGACACUGCAUUUUCAGCAUAAUAGAUAAAAACUACUAUAUUUUGAAGAAUGUGAUUUGUGGGAUAUUUAAGCCACUCCUGCCAUUCCAAGACUACAGUUUUAAACAAAUUUAGCAGAUAACAAGUUCCACUGAAUUCAGUAAACUUUAUUCAGGAUAAAUCUCUUUUGAAUAGAUUUGCUUGCAAUCAAUUAGAUAUAGAUUCACUUAGCAUACAAGACUCAAUAAAGAGGCCUCAGAGCCACAAUCACAUAUAUACAGUCCUCUGAAAGUUGUCAGCAAAUUAUAAUUACUCUUCGGAUUUUAAAUGCUAUUAAUGACAAUUUUAAAUUAAUCAAAUGUAAACCUUUUUAUUCAUUAACUUACAAGUAUGACUCUGGGUGUGACUCACAACAAUUA